UUGGCCAUGACAGUUCUGACUUCACCAUUCUUCUGAGAAGCAAUACUCCAGCUAAGAUAUUAGCUGGUACAAUAAGGAUUGGAAAAGAGUGGUAAGACAGGCGACCAGCAUCUUGCAGCCUCUUGAACAAUGAUACUGCGCUCAGGAUUCCAAGUGCCUUAUGAGAAGAGCCAGAAAAGACCUAGGAAAAACAAUGAAAAAAAAAAAGCUAGAACUAAAUUCUGUCAACAAACAUGGAGUGAAACAUGUACAUAUCGGAAUAAAUCACCAGCAUAUAAACUUCGUGAAAGAAAGAAAUGUUACAUACAGACAGAGGAUUCAAAAACCGUGCAUUUUGACUUAGAUGAGCAUGGCCAUCGUGAAAUAUCAGUCAAGGAUACAGCAUCCGAUGAAGAUAUCGCAUGGUUAGACAUAUUUACAAGCACUGAACAAGAUACGAUACACGAAAAUGGAGCUAAAAAGCAUUGUAAUGCUUUGGUGACCAUGACUCAGAGAUCAAAAUGUAAUCAUUUUCUCCUACUGAGUGAGAAUGAGAAACAACUAGAUCUGAAGGUCUUGAAUUCACAACCCAUAGGACUCAGCAUGGCAGCGUGCAGCAAUGAGGAGUAUCCAGACCUCCAACAGCUAACAGAAAUGAGUCAAGAAAACCAGCUUUUCAUCAUGCAUAUGAACCCAGGAAAUUCAGUUAAAUUCCAGUGUUAUCAGGAUAAAAAUUACUUUCUUCAUGUAAAUAAGGACUCAAUUGAUGUCUGCAAGUUUGAAGAGACAGAAGCAGAUGCGGGGAAAGACUUUCAUUUCAAGGUUGAAUAUGUGGAGAAUGAGAUACAAAAUAGGAAUAAACAAUGUUAAGACCAUGUAGGAUUUAUAUCCUUAGCUUGUAUAACUUUUUCUACAUUCUUGUUUUAUUCGAGCUUGAUUUUGGUAUUAAAUAAGCACAGUGCCUCAUUUGAGUACUGACUGGAGGAGUGGUUAGCUGUGUAGAUAAACAAUUGCUUGGUAUAUUGUUGUCUGAGGGUUGUAUUUUAAAGGGCUGGAAGGGGAAGAAUACAAGAUCAAACAUCUGAAAAAUGGGGGAGGAAGAGAGAAAAAUGAUAUGUAAAGGUUAAUUAGAAUUCAUUUCAUAUUUUGUAAUAUAGAACUCUUACACAAACUAAUUUAACUCAAAGAAAAAAUAUUUGUUAGCAUGUACACCUUAUACCCACAAAAACCAACAUUAGGGAGGGUUUAUGCAAGCAUUUGGAGCUCUGAAAGGAACAAAGGAAGAGGGCUGUUAGAUCAAGGCUAUGCAGCAAACCUACUCUAUCUCCUUUACUCCCAAAUUAAUCUAUUUCCUUCUGUAUGCAACUUCAGUGCCCUUUUAUCUUUGCAGCCCUGCCUAAAAUCCAGAUAUAUUCAUUGGGAAUCAUACUGUAUUUGAUAGGGGAGACAGAUGUCAGACUGAUAGAGUGUCACAAGAGGACAUG